AUGCGUUCGAUUCUAAUACUAGCUUGCACUUGUUUAUUCGCAUUUGCUUUUGAUGAAUUCGUAAUGCCGGAUGGAGAUGGUACUGUAUUGUCAGGUCCAAAUGUUGUUUUUGAUUUAAGCAAAGAUAAUUUUACACAAUUUAUUCAACAACAUCCAGUAGUAGUUGCUGAAUUUUAUGCGCCAUGGUGUCAUCAUUGUAAACAAUUAGUACCACAUUAUGAAGAAGCUGCACGUUUAAUGAAAGAUGCUGAAAAUCCUGUUAUGUUUGCUAAAAUUGAUGCUACAGUUGAACAAACAUUAGCACAAGAUUAUUCUAUUGAAGGUUAUCCAACAUUAAAAAUCUUUCAUAAAAAUAGUCCAAAACCAAUCGAUUAUGAUGGUCCUCGUCAACCAGGUUCAGCUAUAGCUGAUUAUAUGAAAGAUUUUGCUAAUCCAAAUUGGACACCACCACCAUCAGAUGUUGCUAUUCUUACAAAUGAAAAUUUUACAAAAUUUAUUUUAAAUGAAGAAUUAACAUUAGUUGAAUUUUAUGCUCCAUGGUGUGGUCAUUGUAAAAGACUUGAACCUAAAUUUGAAAAAGCAGCUACAUUAUUAAAAAAAGAUACAAACAUUCGUUUAGCUAAAGUUGAUGCUACAGUUGAAGGUGAAUUAGCUGCUACACAUAAUAUCACUGGAUAUCCAUCAUUAUUUGUUUAUCGUAAAGGUGGUAAACGAAUAGUAUAUGAAGGUGAACAAACUGAACAUGGUAUUGUUUCAUCUAUGAAAGAAUUUUUAUCAUUACCAAGUCGUGAAAUACGAAAUAUAAAUGAUUAUAAAAAUUUAUUUGUAAAAAAUGAUCAACCAAUUAUAAUAGGUAUUUUUAAUAAUGAACAAGAUCAUUUAUAUCAAUUAUUUAUUGAUUAUGCAUAUAAAAAACGAAAAAUUUUUCAAUUUGGACAUACAUUUGAAAAAUUAUCAACAUUAAAUGAUGUACAAACACCAGCUAUAGUUCUUCAACAUCAUCCUGAUGUUCGAUCAAAAUAUGAAAAUGAGAAAUUUAUUUUCAAUAAGGAGAAUGCACUUGAAAAUGAUAUUGAACAAUUUAUUGAACAACAUAAAAUACCAUUAGUUGGUAUACUAACACAAGAAAAUCAACGUAAUAUUUAUUUAUCUCGACGUCCAAUAUGUAUUGUUAUAUAUGAUCUUGAUUUUUCAUUUGAUUAUCGUGAACGAACACAAUAUUGGCGAAAUAAAAUACUUAAAGUUGCUAAUAAUUAUAAAGAUAAAUAUACAUUUGCUAUAGCUGAUGAAGAAAAACUGUCAUCAUUAUUAAAAGAAUUUGGUCUUGAAGAAUCAGGUGAAGAUGUUAAUGUUGGUUGUUAUGAUUUACAAGGUUUAAAAUAUCGUAUGGAAGAUAAUGAUGAAUUUACAUCUGAAUCAUUUGAAGAUUUUGUUAAUCGAUUAGAUAAAAAAAAAAUUAAGCCCUAUUUUAAAUCUCAACCACUACCAAAACAAUCAAUUAUCAAUGGAAUACAUAUUCUUGUUGGAAAAAAUUUUGAUAAAAUUGUUAAAGAUAAUACAAAGAAUGUUGUAGUCUUUUUUUAUGCACCAUGGUGUGGACAUUGUAAUGAAUUUAAACCAACGUAUAGCAAACUUGCUGAACGUCUUGCCGGUCAAUCGAAUAUUAUUUUAACUCAAAUGGAUGCUACACUUAAUGAUAUUCCACAAGGUUUUGAUGUCACCGGUUUUCCAACAAUAUAUAUUGUACCAACAAAUAAUAAACCGGUGAAAUAUGAUGGAAAUCGUGAUAUAAAUGAUUUAGUUAAUUUUAUUGAGAAAAAUAUUGGAUUAAAACGUGAACUUUAA